UAGCUCCUAAUAUUUUGAAAUAACCCUUUCUCAAAUCACAAAACCCCUCACUGACACUGAGGCUCCAAUUCCCCAAAUCACCACCACCGCUCUCACUGCUCUUCCCCUUCGGUGAUCGCCACUUCCGACCACCAUCAAUUCCUCCGCCGUCUCAGAUUCCGGCGAUGCCGUGAACAUCAGUGUGCAUUUGAAGAUUUAUAACUUAUCGGUUUCGUUGUUUGAACACUUCGAGAAAUCAACUUUAUGAGCAUGGACAAACUGAUCCCCGACUGCCCAUACCCUGGAUGUUUCUUUUGCGUCAUGAAAGAAGGAAACCCGAACAAACGAAGAACCAGCAUCAUGAAAUUUUUCCGAGAGCUUCCUUCACAAGACGACGACGGUCAAGUUCUCCCAAUAAGUGGCCUUUGGAACACCGCUAUGGCGCAUCCAAACGAUCCAGAGUUUAUCGAGUUAGGUAUAUUCGAAUGCAUGGCCGCACUCAUCUGGAAGGGCUUAAAGAACCGCCGUUGGUUAUCUCACGAUCAAAACAUUUACAUACCUUAUUACGCUGCUCACAUAAUCGGAUCCUACACCAUGAACAUGGAAGAUUUUGCCGAAACCGCAGUUAACGCUGGUGUAAUCCCACCAUUAGUUGAACUUUUACGGGGUCGGUUAACAUGGGUCGAACAAAGAGUUGCGGUACGUGCUUUGGGACACUUAGCGACAUACGCGAGCACGUUUCCGGCUGUAGCGAGUCACGGGGAGAUUCUCGAACUUUGUAUCCAGUUAGCAAUGAGUUCGCUUGAGAUCGUUUAUUCUCAUUUUUAUCAGUAUGCGGACCGAAGACUUAGUUACCAUUGCGAUCUUCUGACACGGGGUAUGGGUGGCGUAGAGAUGGAGUCGAGGAAAGCGGAGGAAUGGGCUAGUCAGUUACAGUGUUGGUCGCUUCAACUUAUAAACUGUUUUGCUUUUAAACCCGAGUUUAUUUCUACGAUAUGCAACCCGGAGUUUCUUGUGAAACUUCCGGGUAUGUGGGGUGGGCUUGUUAAUGAAAAUUCACCUGCGGGUAUCGGCUUGUUAAGAACGAUUUGUCAUCAUAAGUUCGGAAGAGGGCCUGUUAGCAGCUGCCCUAGCGUAAUUGAGGCGUUGUGUAAUAUUGCACGAUCGUCGGAUGACUGGCAAUAUAUGGCUAUCGAUUGUCUUCUAUGGUUGCUUCAAGAUCCCAAUACCUCCCAUAAGGUUAUAGAAAAGGCAGCACCUGCAGUUCUGGACCUGGCAGAGAUCUCAACUCUCGGGGAUCACAAAAAGCUCGGAGAUUCCAUUCUUAACGUUCUUCAAGAAUGUAUUCAAUCACACGGAACAGGUCGCAAUGCAAUCAGUAACCGAAUAAAAGAAGACGUCGAAGAAAUAUUACAUUCAAAAGAGCGAUUCAAAUGGGAAAAAAGCAUGCCAAAAGAGGAUCUCCACAUCAAACAAGCUGCAGCACUGGUAGUAAAACUCGAAGGCAAUUCUUUAUUUUCAUCGGGAAAUAUCGCCGGAGCAGCGUCAAAAUACUCAGAGGCACUCGCGUUAUGCCCCGUAAGAUCUAAAAAAGAACGAGUCGUAUUAUACAGCAAUCGCGCACAAUGUUAUUUAUUACUGCAACAACCGUUAAGCGCUAUAAGUGAUGCUACACGUGCGCUUUGUCUUCACAAUCCAGUUAACCGACAUGCUAAAAGCUUAUGGAGAAGAGCACAGGCUUAUGAUAUGUUAGGGUUGGCUAAAGAAAGCUUAUUGGAUGCGAUUUUGUUUAUAAACGAAUGUUCUCAAUCUACGGAUCCUGAUUUGUCUUCUAGGCAGAAUAAAGUGCCGGAUUAUGCCGAACGGUUGGUUAAAAAGCAGAUGCGUGCUGCUUGGUUGUUUCGGGAAGCUGCGAUUAAACAUGGGGGGAUUGAUUGUGAGGCUGAUGUCGGUGAUGUUUAUGGGCAAGGGUCUGAUGAUUCCGAGUGGGAAACCGCUAGUGAAAGUGAUGCGGGAAAUGACGGUAGAAAAGAGAGGAAUAAUGAUGACGGUGAAUGGAAAAACGAUGAGGGACUUACUGAUAAGAUCGAUAAACAUUCUACAAGAGAAAUGAAACGUUGACAAGACUUGCAAGACAAAACAUGAAAGUAACGGCCAAAAGUCAAAACCGUGUCGGGAAAGAACAAGUGGGUUGUCAUCUUGUUCAACACUAGUGCCAGUCUUUAAAGGUUCCUGCAAAGGCAGAUGACCCUGUUGAAUCACUUAUUAUUGUGUGUGUUUAUUAUUGCUUUCUUUAUCAUGAAAUAUGAUUGCAAGGUCUCAAAAGGAUUGUACAUUAUUAUUAUUUCUUGGUGUGAUUUCGGUGUGUUUUUUUUUUUUCGCGUGCAAAUGUGUAUUAACCAACCCUCUUGGAAUUUUCUAGUAAUAAUAGUUAAUUUAUAUAUAUUCUUAAGAUGUUAUGAUCUAA